AUGACGGAAACAACAGCUUAUCGAACAAAAAAAUCGAAUGAAACCUCUUCGAAAGGUCAAACAGCAUUUUAUCGUAAUGUUAUUUUACCUAGUAAAACUUAUAAAGAAAAACAUAAACUUCCAUUAAAUCAAAUAAAAAAUGCUGCAACAGCUUAUGAACACCAAUCAAUACUUCAAAAAGAAGAUACUGAAAAAUUUCGAAGUUCAUUAAAACGUCAAUUAUCAAUUGAUAUGCUUCGACAUGGUUAUCAUAAUUCAUUUCGUGAAUUAUGUGCUAUAUUAACAUGGCAAAAAGAAGAUCGUGAACGAUUAGGUGCUGAACAUCCACUUCAUGAACGACCAUUACUUGAUGGUGAACCAGAUAAAUUACGUUUUCUUUGUUCACAUCUUAAUAAAGCUGAAGAAGCUGAACGACGAUGUCAAUAUUCAAAUAUGUAUCAUAAUUAUCUUGAAUUAGCAUCGUAUUUUUUAAAAAGUGAUGAUCGUUGGCUUUCAGAUUCAUUCUAUGAAAAAUGUUUAUCAGUUGCUCAAACAUAUCGACAACUUGAUCCACAAUUAGCAGCUGAAGCACAUCUUAAUGUUGGUUUAGCAUAUGAAAGACGAGGUGAUUUAAUGAAAGCAUUACAUAGUUUUAUAAAAUAUCGUCAAUUAAGUGAAGAUUAUGAACAAUUAAAAGCUGAUGCUAGUCUUCAAUUAACACGUUUAUAUAUGAAAUUAGCUGAACGUCGAACUGAUAAUGAAUCACUUCAAUAUGUUGUUAAAGCAUAUGAAGCUUCAACACAAAGUGAUGAUAAAAAAGUUGAAAAUGAAACAAGUUAUAAAUUAGGACAAGCCUAUGUAGAACAUGGAAAUAUUGAUUUAGCAUUAAAAUAUCUUCAUAAAUAUUAUGAUUAUUGUCAACAAGUUAAUGAUGAUGAAGGUUUUGGUCAAGCAAGUGAAGCCUUAGCUAUUUGUUAUCAAAAAAAAGCUAAUGUAGAAAAAAGUACAGAAUAUUUAACACAAUAUUUACAAAAAGUAUCCGAUAAAGAAGGUGAUACACAAUAUGCAAGAGCAUGUAGUGCACUUGGUUUUAUUCAUAAUACAUUAAGUCAAUAUGAUUCAGCUAUUCAAUCAUUAAGUAAAGCUUAUAGUAUAUCAUUAGCUAAUAGUCAUGUUGAUCUUGAACGUAAUCGUGUUUUAUUUGGCAUAGCACAUGGUUUUAAAUUACGACCAUUUUUUGAUGAUCAUAUUGAUAGAAUGAAUACAAAAGAAUUACUUCAAUGGAAAUGUACAAGACAUGAAAGUUUUUUAACAAAACCAAAACCAUAA